AUGACAUUGACGCAAAUCCCGAAGGUUAAGUCUUUCGAGACACGCCUCUUCAUCAAUGGAAAGUUUGUAAAUUCAUCUGAUGGGGGAACAUUCCCGUUGAUUUCUCCAACAACAAACGAGAAAUUUGCCGAAGUGUCCGAGGCAACCGAGGAUGACACAAAUCGCGCAGUGGCCGCUGCAAAAGCAGCGUUUCCAGCCUGGUCUGCUCUGUCUCCACGGGAGAGGGGUUCCUAUCUCAAGAAGCUGGCCUCACUCUGUCUCGGAGCCCAUGAUGAGCUGGCUGAACUAGAGGCACUCUCCAUGGGUCGCCCUGUAUCGGGGUAUUUCGAGAGUUUUGCUGCCGCCGACAAUCUGAAUCACUAUGCAGAGUCAGGUUACCAAGUUCUGGGAACAUCGAGUGUAAACACUCCUGAGUUCGUCAAUAUGACCCUGCGCCACCCGUACGGUGUUGUUGCCGCUAUUAUUCCUUGGAAUGUACCGGUCUUGUUCUUGAUCAACAAAGCGGCACCGGCUCUCAUUACUGGGAAUACUGUGGUUGUAAAGAGCAGUGAGAAGGCUCCCCUUACGUGCGCUAAGAUUGCCACCCUUAUUGAAAGGGUCGGAUUCCCGCCUGGUGUGUUUAAUAUCAUAUCCGGACACGGACAAAUCAGUGGAAAUGUUCUAUCUCAUCACAUGGAUGUCCGUGUGAUCAGCUUUACAGGAUCCGGCAGAACCGGCCGUCUCAUCCAAGCUGCAGCUGCAAAGUCUAAUCUUAAGAAUGUUAUUUUGGAGCUUGGCGGGAAAUCCCCAGCAGUGAUAUUCGAAGAUGCCGAUAUCGAAAGAGCGGUCAAAGAAACUAAACAUAGCAUUCAAUGGAAUAGUGGUCAGGUGUGUAUGGCCAACUCCCGCAUCUAUGUGCAGGAGUCUAUUGCUUCAACUUUCAUCGAAAUGUUCUAUAAGAGCUUCGCCGACGUGAAAAGCGGCGAUCCUCUGCUUCCAGACACGAACCAUGGCCCGCAGGCGGAUGCAAUGCAGUUCAAGCAAGUGCAAGCUUAUAUUGAGGAAGCUAAGACAGUCGGAAAGAUGACUCUUGGAGCAGAGCCAUUUGGACGUCAGGAUGGUUUCUUCGUGCGACCUACCGUGUUCUUAGAAACGCCAGAGAACACGAGGGUGAUGAAGGAGGAGAUAUUUGGCCCGGUGGUACAUAUCAACACCUUCCGCGAUGAAGAAGAGGUAAUCGCCAAGGCGAAUGACACCGAAUUCGGGCUAUAUGCUUCGGUCUACACAAAUGACAUCAGCCGGGCUCUGAGAAUGGUGAAGAAGUUUGAAUCCGGGACUGUUGGGGUGAAUUGCACCAGCCCGGCCAGUGCUCACGAUAUGCCAUUUGGAGGAUACAAAGCCAGUGGAAUUGGUAGGGAAGGUUGGACUGUCAGCAUGUCUAAUUACUUGGAAACUAAGACCGUUCUGAUACGGGUUCCAUCAUUGGGGGGCUAA